AUGGAGGUGGACAGACAAGAAGAGCCCGAGUCGCCCAUGAUCGAGGACUUCCUUGAUUGCGAUCAGUUUGGUACGGACUCGGACGCCGACAGUUCCGGCAGCUUCUCUCCCCAAAGGUCUCUCAAACGCCUUCACAUCCACGUCGAAAUGAGCAACGCCCACUUCCUGGCGCCCCGAGCGCACCACGGCGAACAACCACAAAUUGACGGCCUCCCAAUCUGCACCAGCGGCCCGACCACGGCGGGCUUCCCUUCUGCCGAGCUUGAUCCCUACAGCGCAGUUUCCGGUGUCUCCUCUUUCAACUAUCCUGCUGCUGCAGACCCAAGCCUUCUCACACCCGCGACCAGCUCCGGGAGCCCUCCUCUCCCAAGCAAACAGAGUGCGAAGCCCGGCCAAAGCGGCUACCACCACCCCCAAACCCAGUCUCUCACAACGCAGGCACCCACUCCUCCGGACACCUCCAAGAUGUUCAACUACAACGGCUACGAGCUCAACUCGGGCAGCCAGAGCCCGUCCCCCAUGACGGUCAACCCGGCUGUGACGGAAGCCGGCGCUUUCAUGUCGAACUACCCCAUGACCCACUCUCCUCCGCUGAGCCACCAUCCUUCAUCGCCCAAGACCGAAAUCCCACCUCCGAUCGAUCCUUACCUGGGCCACUUCACCGUUUCAGCCAACGACGGUGAGGUCACUCACCCGCACUCCAUGGCGGACUACCACCCAUACGCCGUCGAUGUCACCCAAUCGGGACACUACCUCCACCAGCCGCACGUCCCAGUCGGCACACCGCACAUGCACCACCGCAUGCCCUCGAACACCACAACCCCGGACAUGUCGCACCCGGCCCAGUUCCACCCACAGUCCACUGCUCGCCCCGGCGCCAUUGAGGAUCUCCGAGACCCGGCCAUGCUCCUCGGCCCUUACCCGCCCCACGGAGCGCCCAGCCCUGGCCGGAGAGCCCCCCCACGAAAAAAGGCAGUCUCGGCCAGGAAAGCGUCCCGGACACCCAAAAUGCCCGCUCACAGCAGGGAGGGCUCCACCGGUGGCCCUUCCCAGCUUAGCGAGGACGGCGAGGAGCUGACACUGCGGGACGACGCUCCCGAGGAUGACAAGUUCCUCUUCCAGCUUCGGAAACAGUUCAUCUCGGAGAAGGGCAAGGGCAUGUGGGAGGAGAUGAAGGCCAAGUACUCGGAGAGUCACCAAGGCAACUGGGAGAAGGCUGCUCUUCAGAUGAAGGUCUCUCGUGCCGUGGCGCGGUAUGGUGUCUGGCCGAAACGAGAGAUCGAACGCUUGAAGGAAGCCUUUGACUACUUCGAGGAGAUGAGAUACCAGUUCAUCAUUGCCCGGAUGAAGGAGAUGGGCGGGUGCCAGGUGUGGGACUGGAAGCGGGCACACGUCAUUGCGAUGCUGGUCAAGCUGGGGCUCGAGGAACCGACGGUCAACGAGAAGACAGGCACACGCCGGCGCAAGCAAAAGGCUGCCGCGCGCCGACAAGGAAGCCCCCCAAGCAGUGCCGGCCACCCGUCAAUGAUGAGCGACUGGCCCACUGGUCUCGGUCUGCACCACGCCGCAUACCACGCCCAAGCCCACCACGUCGCCAACGCCGCGGCCAUCCGCCAGCAGCACCAUCACCACGGGCAGUACGACACCAUGAUGGCGGAUGGCUUUGCCCCGCAGUCCACCCUGACCUCCAAAGAGGAGGAGGAUCUCAUCAACGAUGUCUUCAACGACGUCAAGGCCGAGCGCAGCCUCAGCCCCGAGGACGACGCGAUGGCUGAUGACGAAGACCAGCAGACUCCUGUCCCCUCGUACGGCAACGGCAAGCAGCAUCCAGAUACCCCCGGCGCGAGGCGUCUAUCUGUGGCACAAGAUCUCAACAACCGUCCCCCCAGCGUGCGGGUGGCGCGACAGGCGUGCGACCAGAUGCUUCAGCACUCCCCGACACAAUUAUCUGACCCUGCUGCUCAUUACGGCGCGCAGUGA